GCAUCCUCCAGGACAAAAGUAACCCAGUUAAAACAAAAAGAUCAAUCCUACCGUUUCUAACCUUUUCACUCGUCUUGGUCACUGUCUCCACCAUGGGAGACUGCGUAGAUCUCCACUUUUUCCCCUUUCUCUUUCUCAGUAAAUCUUAUUCAUCGGAGCAGCUUACCUUAUUCAUUGCUCAUCUCCGCUCUUAAUCACCCCAACAAUGUCUCCAGCCACCUUCUUCUUGCUUCUCUUGUCGUGCUCCGUCUACUGUCUAUCCUCCACCGCCCACACCCGCCGCAUUCUUCACCAGCCCUUCCAGUCUCUACGUUCCGACCCCCCUGUCUCUGCACCGCCGGCGUCCCCCGCUUAUGGGGACGCUCCUUUCUUCCCUUCCAACCGUUUGCUUCCACCUCCGUGGCCGCUGUCUCCCAAGGCAUUGGCGUCCUUCCCGGCGAAUAUAUCUUCUAUCAUCGUUCCGCGCGCCCAGGAAAGUAAUCCGGUGUCUUCGAAGCUCAUUGGCACUGCCAUCGCUAGUGCGUCCGCUACUGUCAUUGUCAUCAUGAUUGGCGUCGUGCUGCUUUUCCGGAAGAAGAUGAAUCGUUCUGUUCCCGGUGAGUGGAAAUCACACAGAUCCGAUAGCAGUACUCGAUUAAGUUACUGCAAUAGUAUAGGCGGCAGCCGUAACCCGCUCGCUCCGAAGCUCCAUAGGCCACCUCAAACCAGUUCCGAGCUCCUUUACUUGGGCACUGUGGCCAAUUUACACGGAGCAAGCGCACCGCGCAAUCUUCAAACCACUCCUAGCAGUAUCUCCACUAGAAAUGUGAGGCCUCUAAAUCCGGGCUCGCCGGAGCUACGCUCGUUAGCGCCGCUUCACAGGCAGAGCUUUGAGCUUCACUACGAGAUUGGUUCCGAAGCAGACGAAGAGACUGACGUGUUUUAUUCUCCCAAAGGGUCGUUGGGUGAUAGAGAGAGUUCCAUCGGAACUGGAUCGGCUUCCAGGAGAGCAUUCUCAGCGGUUGAAGUCGAAAAUUUUGAACAAUCCUCCUCAUCUUCUUCCUCGCCAAAGAUGUCAGCCUGUUUGAGAAUUCCCCCGCCUAAAUCCUGUUCAAGGAUGAGGUCACCUGAAACUCCUCCUAUUCAAACUGCUCUUUCUCCACUUCAGCAUCAGUCUCCGCAGCAGCAUCCACCGCCAGUCUAUGUGGCGCAUUGGGCGUAUACGAGAGAAUCUGAUUCUCCCUCGCCUGCGAGUUCAUCAUCGCCUGAGAGAGAUUCUAGAAGAAGCAUAGAUUCAUCUCCUGGAACUUCAUGCACUUGGGAUCGCAGUAUAAAAUCUCCUCUCAGAAUCUGCAACAGUGUGGAAUCUCCACCUCAGUUGGACUCUCAUUUUAGACUUGACAUCCAAGGAAUUGAAUCUCCUGAGAGAAUUAGCUUUAGCCGUGCAGAAUCUCAUGCAAGAACCAGCACUGCACUCCCACAGAGUGGCCAGAGCCUACCAAUUUCUGCUGCACCAUCCCCUUCGCCACCAGGAGCUUCUUUUACUACUCCAGCUCUCACACCCCCAGCUCUCCCUCCCUCAACUAAACUGUGGGAAAGUCCACACACUCCCAGCAUGGGUGAAUUCCCUGAACUAGUCAAUUCUUUCAGACAGAUAAAAAUUGAGAGUCCGAUGUCUUCUCCAGUUCAGAUGCCUCUUAAAACAGAGUGUGGUGAGAGUAAUGCACAGAUGGUUGGGCUCUGUUCAACUGAAAGUUCUGAAAAGAAUGAGUACAAGACAAAACCAAUGUUGAAAACUUUGCAUUGUGAUAAAGUGCUGGCCAGUUCACAUGGGGAAAUAGUGUGUGACCAUUUGCAAUCAAACUCAUUUAAGUAUGAUAUUUUGGAACUAGGUGGGUGAGGAGAUGAUGAAGACACUAUUUGCCACAAGUGCUCCUAAUUCAAAAUCAAAUUUAAAGGAAACAGAUCAGUGCCGACGUCUUCCUUCUUCGAGCCAAGAAAACAGUGUCCUUGACCGGAAGAAGUCACAGAGCAUUUUGAUUUUGUUGAAGGCACUAAAUGUCACUAUUGAAGAACUACGCAAAGCUCUCUUAGAAGGAAAUCUUGACGCUCUUGGGACUGAGCUUCUUGAGAGCUUGAUGAAAAUGGUUCCAUCUAAAGAGGAGGAGCGUAAGCUUAAAGAGUAUAAAGACAACUCACCAUUCAAACUUGGAGCGGCUGAGAAAUUUCUCAAGGCAUUGCUCGACAUACCUUUCGCAUUCAAAAGGAUACAAGCAAUGCUCUACAUUUCCAAUUUUGACUCUGAGAUAAAAUAUCUCAAAAGGUCGUUUGAAACUCUUGAGUCGGCUUGUGAAGAUUUGAGGAGCAGCAGGAUGUUCUUGAAGAUUCUGGAGGCAGUUCUGAAGACUGGGAACCGGAUGAAUGGGGGGACAGCCUAUGAAGAUGCACAUGUGUUCAAGCUUGACACACUUCUCAAGCUCAUUGAUAUCAUGGGGGCUGAUGGAAAGACCAGUCUCUUGCAUUUUGUUGUUCAGGAGUUAAUAAGAAGUGAAGGCGCUCGUGUAUCUACAUCAAACCAACACGAAAAGAUGUCCUUCAGUGAUGAUACCAUGUUCCACCAAAGGAUUGGCCUCCAGGCUGUCUCUAGACUCAGUUCAGAGCUUAAAAAUGUGAAGGAAGCUGCCAACAUGGAUUCAGAUGUCCUCCACGGUGAUGUCUUAAAGCUUUUGAAAGGGUUUGAUGACAUUGUAGAGGUUUUACUGUUGGAUAAAAGUAGUAGCACACCUAAGUUCUCAGAAUCACUGAGCAUGUUCGCAAAAAUGGCUGAGGAGGAGAUUAUAAGGAUCCGAGCACAGGAAAGUGUGGCUAUGUCUCUAGUGAAGGAGAUAACUGAAUACUUCCAUGGGAAUUCAACCAGAGAAGAGGCACACCCCUUUAGAAUUUUCAUGGUGGUGAGGGACUUCCUGGCGAUUCUCGAUCACGUAUGUAAUGAAGUUGGAAUCAUAAAUGAGAGAACGAUGGUGAGUUCUGGACAUAAAUUUCCUAUUCCAGUGAACCCCAUGCUGCAUCCAGGUGGAGGGUUCUCCCAGAGAAUGCAGUUCGGAUCUUCUGAUGAUAGCUCUUAGCAUGAGACCCUAUUUUCCCCACUUCGCAAACAAACUUUAAGAACUUUCAAAUGGCUGGAACAAGAACAAGAGCAUAUUGGGUUAUGAAGGAACAAGUGUAUGAGGGGCUAUGGUUACCAGGGCUGGACAGAGGAUGUCAUGCUGACGCGACUGGUCAAAACUUUGAGGGCCUUGAAGUUGAAACUCAUGAACUCCUGGAGUGGGAGAUGAUAGAGGAUGGGAUCGUUACUUCGAGAACAAUCAAAACAAAAAGGUGCACUCUGAAGUUAAAAUGUUGAGCCUUAUUAGCAAUUUCACUCAUAUUCCCCUCAACGUUUGCUUCAGUAGAAGACAAAUUAUGAAGUUGCCUUCCAACUAACAACAUAACGUGAAUACAUAAUCAGUCAUGGAUCUCCUAAUGCCAACAUCUUCAGCCAAGACCCUCUUACCUCCGCAAGUAGCCAAGUAGUAUGUGUGAUCAAAUUCAAUGCAUAUUAACAUAUACGAUGGUAUUUAGUUGAACACUUGAACUAUAAAUAUAGUUUGAUUCUUGUGUAAAUGGUGUUUAGCUAUUGAGUAGAUUAGUUCUGCUCUAGUGUAAAUAAAAGUUGGUGAAG